GCCACGAGGUUUCUCCUUGCAGGCUCUUCCUCCGGGUGGUUCGGUCUUGCCUGUCCUUCCCAUUGAGGAGCGAGUUCAGCGAGCCUGGGAGCAGUUCUCUGCAGCGGAGUACUACCGCGUGCUCCCCAGGUUCACCGAGUAUCUGAAGAUGGAGGAUUUGGCCCUCAAGAUUCUGGAUGCAGGUCCGAUGUACCUGUCUGUACUGGAGUUGCCUGUGGAGGAGGAAGGUGUGGCCGGUUUCAAGAAGGCCGACGGUGCAACUGCAGAAGCCAAAUCCAGCAGCACCACUGCCAAGGAUCCAGACCAGAUGGUUCCAGCAGGCCACCAGAGCCAGCCAUACCACCAAGAACUUCCAGGGAUGACUCAACUUUGGAAAGCUGAAGAUUAUGUCCAGGAGCUAGACCAUUUGGAAAAGCGUGCCCAUAGCCACCCAGAAAGCAAGUUGGUGCAGACACUGGCCACAUCCUUGUGUGCCAAGUUGCAAGCAUCCAGGGAAUGGACAAGCACCACCAUCAUCCAAGUCCUGGAGAAGCUUGACCAAGCCAGCUUGCCCAAUGAUUUGAAGAAGACCAUCCAAAAUGCCAUUGACCAAAUAGACUUGGCUGGCACUGGCCACUUGAAGACAGUCAUUGCAGGCCAGCACAUUGAAGGCUUUAGCCACUAUGUGUCCAAAGAGGAUUGGGCCAGGAUGGACCAAGCACCAGCCAACACAGUGCAUACCAUGUCCAUUACUGCCUCCAGGCUGAGAUCCAUGAAGUUUGUUUCCCUGAAGGAAGCUGCCAAGGUGGAAGCCAUGUCUGUGGUGUGCUUUUGUUUGACCCACAAAGGGCAUCAACCACAGCCAUCACCACAGACCAGGUAUGCCUUGGUGGAAGAGUUUUCUGCUGUGUUUGCCAAGACUCCACCAGGCACAGUGCCAAGUGUGAACAGAUACCCAGCCAAGCCAGCUGAACUUGGAAAGGUGAUUUGCAGAAAAGGAAACAAACUUCUGCAGGAAAGCCAAGCUUCUUCCAACCAUGCUGCACAGCCCUUGCCUACCACCAAUGGAGAAGCCAAAGUCUUUGGCUUGCUUAGCCAGCUGCUGGACAGAUUUGCACCACAUGAGCCCCAGAUCACAUAUUUCCAGGGACCAGCAGGCAGCCAUGCCCAGAGCCAGCUGGCUAUACAUGCACCACAGCCUGCCCAACCUGCAGAAGUUACUCCAGCUGCUACUGCACAAAGUCAGGAAGCCACAGCAGCUGCUGCAACCACAGAACCAGAAAGCCAAACUUCCAAUGAGGUGAAGACACCACAGGCCAAUGAUUUGGCCAAGUAUGAGCAAGAUGCUUUCAACACAUUGGCCAAAGCAAGAGCUGGUGCCAAAAGCAAGGCCAAAGCAGCUUCCAAAGCAGGCGCCAAGGCAAAAGAAAAGAAGGCUGCACCAAAAGUACACAAGACUAUGUCCAAGGCAGUUGCCAAGCCUGGCCCAAAAGCUGGCCAAGCCAAGCCCCAAGACUUUGGCUAUUAUGGCACACCAGGCUUCCUUCUCAAGCACCCAGAGAAAGGUGACAUCAGAUUGCAUUUCACUUUUGGAAUGCUCUUGGCAGAUGGAGCCAACUUGCUGGAGCAAGCCCUUGCCCAAGAGAUCUGCCAUUUGGACACAGCAGAUAUUUUCCAAGAUGGUGUCCAUUUGGCUCGCCCAGUGAAAGCUUCCAAAAAAACUUUGCAAACUUUGUCCAGCUUGAUUGGUGGAGAAAUGGAAGAAGCCAUGAGCAGUCAAU